AUGCAAUUAGCUAAAAAUAAUAAAGCUUGUUUGAUGGAAGAGCAAGAGAAUCAAGCUGAUGAUGCGGAGGCGAAUUUCACCGAAGCGGCUUCUUCCCGACAGGAUAUACCUCCAGUUUCUGUGGAUGAGAAUAGCGUUGCUAGCGCCAGCGAGUUGUCUACGGCCUCCGAUAUCGCUUCUAGGCGCUGCUUACGGAGGUCUCGACGGAUGGCUCACAACUCUGGAUCCUUCGUCACCGAAAUGGAACUGGAAGCGCUUUUUACAGAACCAUCUGAACAGCCUGUUACGGAGUCAUCUGGUCGCGGGAAUGCAGCAGAAGGGAUAAUUACUGAGGAGUAUGAAACAUGGGUCGAAGUUGAACAAAUUCUGAAAGUACGAAGAACAGCUCCAUUUCCCGAAAUCCCUGGGCAUCAGUCGUGGGGAGACAGAGUGGAGCAGUACGCGCACUUUGUGAAGUUUCGUGACCAGUCCUAUUGGCACUGCAAUUGGAUACCAGGUUCAGCCAUUCUCCGCAUGCAUCCCGGUAUGGCGAAGUACUUUCACCGUCGCAAUGCAGAUCUCAUUGAUCUUGCUGACGAGGAAUACAGGAAAGAGAUUCGUGCAGCGGAUGAAGCAGGUAGGACUGAUCCCCCCAAAAUCCCCUCUUCUGACGAAGAUGUCGAUGAAUCAGCCGUGGACGUUUCAGAGCCCAAAACUACUCCUAUUGCCGGAGGAUCUUUUGCUCUCAAUUUGCUGAAGCUGCAGCCAAAAUGGGGUUGCCGUCGGUACGAGUACUACCUGAAGAAUGGAGUGUUGCCGACCUACCUCUAUCCAGAACGCGUGCUCUCAAUCAGCGAGGUUUUUCGUCCUACUAUCUUCGCACCAAUGCGGCGGAAGCUAGGUUCUACCCAUAAAUCAAUUAAGAAGUCCUCCCUCACCUCGAUGACCCGUCUUCGCGAGAUCCUUGUGAAAUGGUGUGAUUUGGAUGAGGCUCACGCUACAUGGGAGACGGUAGAGGUUAGUCUGACUCACCUGGACACAAUGUUGCCGCGUUACCGUCGGGCUGGACUUCAGCCGCUUGAUCCCUGUGGACGGCGCCUCCUACCCUCAUUUGUGCGGCGAUGGAUUCUUCAACUGGCUGACGCCCAUCUCUCUCAGGUCGCUAGUCUCUACACUCUCCACCUGGGCGAAGCUACUAGGGAACAAAUUAUCAAACUUUAUCAGGGUUUAUCCAAGCCACCUCCUCCGUCUCCGCCCUCUAAUUGGGAGGAAAACUGGAUAGAUAAACAGCCGAGUUACCUUUCCAAGUGGGAGGGCGGGCGACUGCAUUCUUACCAAAUGGAAGGCGUCCGGUGGUUGCGGAAGUCUUUCUACAAUCACAUCAAUACCAUUCUUGCCGACGAAAUGGGUCUAGGCAAGACAGUCCAGAUCGUCGCUAUGCUCUAUUCCCUUGUCCAAGAAGACAAACGUCCGGGACCCUUCCUUAUUGUGGCUCCGCUGGCCGUCACAAUGAACUGGAAACGCGAAUUUGCCUUCUGGGCCCCGGAGAUGCAGGUGAUUGUGUACACCGGUGAUCGUCAAAAUCGUGCUAUGAUUAACGAGUACUGCCUCUAUGCCAACAAGGCCUCCUGUAUUCCCGCCUUCCACGUGAUGAUCACCAGCUACGAGAUGAUUUCCUUGGAACGCACCAACUUGAUGGGUUUCAUUUGGCAGGUGCUUGUCGUCGAUGAGGCGCAUCGUCUAAAGAACAAACAAUCUCGUCUAUUUCGCGACCUACUUUCCUACGACGUUGAGUUCAAGAUCCUUCUAACGGGUACCCCACUACAGAAUAACCUCGAUGAACUCAUCCAUCUGCUUCACUUUCUAGACCCCAGGAAGUUUAGUGACGUUCAGGCCCUGAGCGCCCAGUGGUCGUCGAUGUCCAAGGAGGAGAGGGCUGAGGACUUGCAAAUCACACUCAAGGACCAUCUUUUGCGUCGAAUGAAACGCGAUGUUAUUAAAGAUCUUCCUAAAAAGACCGAGAUUAUUGUUCUCCUCAGUCUGACUCCACUGCAAAAGCGUACCUACAAAAUGGUGCUGACAAAGAACUACGAAGCUCUGCGCACGCGCAACCUAAUGAACCCGUUGCUACACCUACAGAAGAUCUGCAACCACCCGUACCUCAUGCCCUCGGGGGAGGCGAUGGCCCCGAGGGUACCUGCUCCCCCCACCUAUGCCACGGAUACGGUGUACGAGCCACGCAUGCUAGUGGAGUCCAGCGCAAAGUUACAUCUGGUCAUGCGGAUGCUUCGGCAUCUGCGCGACCGCGGGCAUCGCGUCCUCAUCUUUUCUCACCUCGUCAGCAUGCUCGACCUUAUCCAGAUCGCGCUUUACAAUGAGGGCUUCGAGUUCGAACGGCUGGAUGGCACUGUGCGAGGUAUUCAGCGCCAGUCCGCCAUCGAUCGGUUCAAUUCACACGGCGCAGCACCUUUUGUCUUUCUCCUUUCCACACGCGCAGGCGGAGAGGGCAUCAACCUUGCCUCUGCUGACACGGUGAUUCUCUUUGACUCCGACUGGAACCCUUUUCGGGACAUGCAGGCACUGGCGCGUGCUCACCGUAUCGGACAGUCGAAACACGUUCUCAUUUACCGCCUCAUUAUGCGCGAUACCGUGGAGGAGCGCAUCAUCCACGUUGCACGGUGUAAGCUCGCUCUGACCAAGAUCAUGGACGAAGAUCGCGCUGCCGAAGCAGUCGAGAUAUCGGCGCUGAAUUCGACGCCUGCUAAGAGUAACGAGGAGAAGCGCCACCUUUUGCGUCUCUCUCGCAGUGAGGCUCACGACAUCCUCAGAACGGGUCUGGAUGGCCUCUUUGCCAGUGACGAUGGGGAGUACGGCGAGAUCGACGCUAGUGGAAAGGAUCAAGCAGUGAUGAAAGCCAAAGAUGAUAAACGGAAAUUGGGGACGGAGAGCGGCGUCCUGAUCUACGACGAUGGGAUUCUGGAGCGUCUGCUUGAUCGCGAUGCCCUGUCAAGAGUCAAGGAGACCUCAGAAACCAUCGAAGCGUGUGCAGGCGACUUUGAUUCACCCCCUAUAGUCUUCUCCCCAUGCUUGAAAGAAAAUGUGGAUGCCUCAGCGCAGAAUUAUCAAGACGGCGACAAACAUUAUUUUUCCACUGAUGCAAAGGAACCUACGAUGAAUGAGCGGGAGAUGAGUGAGUUUUGGGAGGCCCUCUUGAAGAAGCGCUACGAGCGCAUGCUCAUGCAGGAGGAACAAGAGAUGUCCCAAGGCAAUCUUGGGGGCGGACAGGAUCCUCGUGGUACUACCGAGGACAGCAUGAUUAUUAUCGAAGACUCGGACGACUCCGACCCCGGGCAUCAUCCUCCUAUCGAAGGGGGUGGUACUGCUGCUACUACCGCCACGUCCGAUAAUGCUGUAUCUGAAGCCAAUUCGGAUUCCGUGGAGAUUGUCAACUGGACUUCUGGAAGUGGCUCACUGCUCUGCUCAGCGGCGUCAGCCACAGCAACGAAGUCGGAGGCCCCUGAACCAAGUAAUGACAUGGAGGGCUUAAUAGCUCGUCGAAGGCGGAGUACUAGGCGUGUCCGGCCUACAGCCCUCUCUCUCUCCGCUUACCACUUCAUCACAAGGGCGGACGAAGACGAUGAUAACGACGGCUACGGUGAAACCUCCCGAACUCCACGUAACAACCGUCGCUCUCGCCGUAGUGGUACUGCAACGGCAGCUGAAAGUGACGAGGAAUUCCGUCCCGACUCCGGCAUGUCCUCCUCCUCUGAUGAAGUUGAACCCAACAAUAACAAUGAUGCACGCGAGGUACCCACCAACGACAGUGCACUCCGAGACUCCCACGAAAAUCAAUCCCGAUCUAGAAGGAGGAGGGAGCAUGGUUUACGUGGAGGAGCCGAGGAGGAUUUUUCCCGCUCGCCUCCCGGAGAGGAAGAAUCGCAAAUGGCUGAUAUGUACCGCCAAGUUGAUUGGCAAACCGACACCACUGCUAUGUGUUCGCCUUUGAGGGAUCUUCUCGCUGAUCUGCCGGAAGAUGUACGCUUCGAGGAUAACAAAAUGACAGUUUUUGGCUUCAACGCUCACGAACGUCAACUCUUUCUCGAAUCGGUCAUGCGCUACGGCAUUCCGCCGAAGGGUACCUUGCCACCACCGGAGUGGCUUCCAUUCACUCUGAGGUCGAAGCCUCCAGAGGAAUUAUUUGGUUACACCAAUCUUUUCAUGCGACACCUCUACUCUGACCCCAAAGUUCUGGAUGCAGAAGCUCUCCGCUGGUCCGACGGCGUUCCAACAGAGGGUGUGUCGGGUGUUGCGGUGCUCUCUCGCAUCGCCAUGAUGGCCCUGAUUCGAGCCAAGGCUGUUCAGUUUGAGGAAUGUGUUGCUGUUCCGAAAAAGUUCAAACAGACGGCCGACGAUACAUUUCGCUUCGACAUCUACGACGGUGGUCUGACGCUGCUCUCAAGCCUUUGGCAGCAGGACAUGGAUCAGUUGUCGGCCCGCUUCAAGAAGUUGCGUUCAUCAUUACGAACAACAGUGGCACCAGCAGCGUCAGCUCCGCGGUCUCCAUCGGCAGUAGCUGAUUCGGAACCGAUCUUGUCGUCGAUGGAGAUGGCGGAGACAGGGACAUCAAGCUCAGGAGCCUUAUCGGCAGAGAAUCGUGCUCUCAGUGUAAUUUUGCGCAAAUGGCACAAUCGUCACGAUUACAUGCUCCUCGCGGGUAUCCACACCUAUGGGUAUGCCGCCUUUGGUGACAUCCUCAAAGACAAACGCUUCAGUAUGCUCCUUCUCGGGCUCGCUGAACGCGUUCUACCGCCUGAAAGAGCGGAUCCUCUGGCUGAAUGCGUCUCCAAUUCUGACGUGGCAAAGGAGAUGCGUGAAACGCAUAUCUUCUCACCAGAGGUGUUAUGUUUCCUAACUGAUCGUCUGCGGAUGCUGGAGCAUGCUCUGAUGGUGGAACAGGCCUUGGCCGCUGUCGUACUGGCGGUGCAAGGGCAAACACAGGCCGAUAAAUCACCUGACCCACCGGAGUCCCUAGUCCAGGAGAACACACGUCUCCUCGUCAAGUUGUCCAAGUGCCUUGCCAAGAUGGGCCCCAUCAAGCGCAUAAAAGUGCCCAACGAUCCUGAAAUUGCUAGUGGUGUCAAACGAGCCGUGUUCGAUUUGCAUUUACUGUUGGAAGAUUUGUAUGCGGAUAUGCCUGGCCUGCCGGCAGUCCUAGUAUGUGAUGGCGUAGACUACGCUCAACCGCGUUUCCUAAUCGAGGAGUCGACAAUCCCCCAGCAGGGACAGCAGCAACAACCACCACCGAUCGCAGCUCCGACCUCCCCCUCAUCUUCCACCGUCCUCCCCCUCUCCACCUCCCGAUCCGUCCAGCCUACUGUGGCAGUGCGAUCUAGGUCAUCCGCGAAGGUGGUCGAGGUCCUCCUCGACUCAGAGUAA